AUGUUGGUUGUUCCCUGUCUUGUUAUUCCGGGGAGAAGCGGAAGAGGUUCGGCGAACCCGCCGGCCCCGAGCUAUGGACUCCCCACUCCUGAAGCUCUGCUGGAGCAGGUGAAGCUGCGAGAGGCAGCGGCCCGUAUGAGCGACUCAUGGGUCGCCAUUUCGGAGUCGGUGCUGGCGCGCAACGAGAGCGCUCUGGUCCGCUGGCUGGAGGAGCGGCUGAGCCGCGGAGAGGAGUCCGUCACUCUGGAGCAGUUCUGUGAGAUGCUGGAGAGCAGAGACGCGCCCAGAGAUGAGUGCGAGGAGGCCUAUGGUCAGUUUGAUGCUGAGGGUGAUGGGAUUGUUGAUGUGGAGAGCAUGCUCAUGGCACUGAAAAACUCCAAUGGAGCCAACCUGCAGGGAGAACUCAGUCAUGUGAUCAGGCAGCUUCAGGCAUGCUCUUUGACUCCAGGGUUUGUGGAUAUCUUCUCCAAGUCCAAGGACCGUCUCAAAGCACAUGCUUCCAAAAUCCUGAAAUUCUUGCACCGGAAUCGCAUCCCCAGCAGCGCAAUCCCAUUCCCUGUGCUGGAAGGCUACAACAGCAUCUGCACCAUGAGGUCAUCUGUAGUGCAGGACUUCCUGGAUUACCUGCUACAGAAGGAGAAAGAUCUAGACAUCCAGUACAGAGCUGAGCUCAAUCAUGACCCAGAUGUGGAUAAAGUGAAGGUGGUCACCCAGUGCUACAGCUUCAUCGAGGCUUCGUCCAAUAGUGCAGAUAUCAACAAGAUGACCAAUGGUGAGACCGUGUCUUUCUGGCAGUCGGACGGUAGCGCUCGCUCACACUGGAUAAGGUUAAAGCUGAAGCCAGACAUAGUUUUGAGACGCCUGGCCAUUGCGGUAGCUUCUAAUGACCACAGCUACAUGCCGCAGCUGGUGUCUAUAGCUGUAGGAAAGAACCGGCGCUCCCUGCAGGAGAUCAGAGAUGUGAGGAUCCCCAGUAAUGUCACGGGUUAUGUACCGCUACUGGAUAACGGCAACAUCAGCCAUCCUUAUAUUCAAAUAAACAUUAAACGAUGCCUUAGCGAUGGCUGUGACACACGUAUUCAUGGUCUGAAGACAAUGGGCUACCAGAUUACCAAGAGUAAAGAAGUUUCAGUAUCCGAUGCCUCAGCUAUAUGGUAUCUGUCGCUCCUCACGUCUCUGGUCACCGCUUCCAUGGAAACCAACCCUGUGCUUGCGCAGGCCGUCCUACAGAGCACACAGAAAGCCUUACAGCACAUGCCGCCCCUGUCCUUAACGCCGUCUUCAAUGGAGUUCCCCAGAUUCCUCUCUGCAAACAUUCUGGAAGAGGUGGACGGCUUUUUACUGCGCAUAGCAGACUGCUGUGUGUCUCCUGACGCUGAGCUGACUCUGUUAGCGUUUGCUCUGGCUCGAGGCAGUGUGGCUAAAGUCCUCAUCUCUUUGUCUGGUAUCUGUGAGCAUCUGGACUCAGAGUACAGAGCUUCCUCACUGCUGGCCUCUAUGGCGUCUGUCCGGUUAAGACUACUCUACCGUAAUGGUAAACCCAUCCAGCUCCAUCUGCAAGCAUGUGAUGCGAAGAGUAAAGAGGAGAAGUCUGGCCCAGAAAACAUGCUGACGGAGCCCAACACUGGAGAUGGUUUUCUGACAGAGAAUGGAAAGAGGAAAGCCAGUGUGAUUCUGUCUACUGAAAACCAGAGCUGCUUCCAGGUCACACAGAUCAAGAUAAAAGUGCGUAAAGGAGCUAUUGGUGCUAAAUGUGGCUUGGUGUUUGCCUACAAUGACAGCGAGGCAUUUGAUGCAGAUAAACACUUCAAAAGAUUCAAAAAGUAUGACAGCUGGGACUACAAAGACUAUAAAGAAUUUGUCCAAGACAGCACAAGGAUAGAAGAGACCAGUGAGGACGAGCCCAUUGGCUGGUUUGCGGUGGAAGAGGACUGGAAUGACGUGGAGAUCAAGCUGCAACAAUGCAGAGUGUCAAAAUUUCUGAUGGUGAAGUUCCUGUGUGCUAUGCAGGACACAGCAGAGCGGUUGGGGGUUCAGCAGAUGAGUUUCAGUGGUUAUUUGUGUCCACACUCCGAGCGGCUGGAGGAUGUGGAUGAUCUGAGCGCUCAGGCCGAGGGGAGCAUUUCAGGCCUGGUUACGGGUCUCGCACUCAUGAAGAAAACCCUUUAUUUCAUCCAGCAGCUCACCAGAGAUAUGGAUGUGUCUCUGUCCAAGCAGAAGUCCCUGCUGGACUUCAGUGACCUCAGCAUGCUGCUGUUCUGGGACUUCUACCGCAAACUCAGAUCUAUUGAGGGAGAGGAGGCCAUAAAGACAAGAGUUCUCCUGCUUCAGCUGCUCCAGAACUGCUUCCCAAUGCUGUCCAGCCUGACAGAGUCCCAGUCGUCAGACAUCACAGCCUCAGCUUCAGCUUCAGCAGCACCCUCAGCCAGCACAGACGUGGAUCCUGCAGAAGCUGUCGGAGAGCUCUACAGUCACUUGUGUCAAGUGGUGGACGGUCCUGAAGGACAGACUGCAGUGGAGAAAGCUCUGAGAAAAGAAGCUGUGAAAGCCAUCCUCAGUGGAGCUGCCAUUUUCUUCCCUGACAAACAGAGCCGGAGGGACAAACUCUUUCACAUGAUGAAAAACAUAACUGAAGAAAAUCAGCCAGAGUCUGUUAAACUGACAUUUGAGUCUCUCUGCAGUUACUUCAGCGAUCAGGACCCGAAAGGUCUCCUCUUGCUGCCCUCUAAAGGAGCCCCAUCUGACUUUGACAUCUCACCUGUCCUGACCGUCAUGGACACGCUGCUCAUUGUGGCCACUAGAGAGUGUGAGGUGUUGAUGUUGGAUUCCAGAGGAGGGUCCAUUUGGAGGGUCCUGCUGUCUCUGUUCUGGGCUUUACAGGGCAGCCUGCUGUCCUGGUGCUUCCUGCAGCUCAAAGGAGGAACGGCCACCUCUGCUGAUCUGGCCAGGGAAAUCCUGAUUAAAUAUGUGGAACAGUUCCUGUCAGGUACCAGAGACAUACUGAGUCCUCUUAUUAAGCGCUUCUCUGGAGCUGACAUCAUAGAGAAACUCAGUGGAUCCAUUCUUGCCAUGGCAACAAGACAGCUGACAAUCUUCCUGCUGGAGCUGUGCGCUCUGGAUAUUCCUCACUGUGUGCUGCUCAAGAGAUUCUAUCCUCUGGCAGACCUGCUCAAGAAGCUGUCUAGUGAUACAGAGGACAUCUUCUCUAAGGUUGAUAUGGAGGGCUGUCAGCAGACUCAGCAGCCUGUUGUAUUAAGGACGUGGCAUAUGGAGUCACCUCAUAACUAUGAGAACAGCAGACACGAGACCACCGUCUUUGUCUGUCCUGGUGCCACAUCCUUUGAGGUGGAGUUUGAUGAACGUUGUGAAACAGAGAAAAGGUAUGACUAUCUGGAAUUCACUGAUGCUAGGGGAGGAAAAGUGCGAUAUGAUAUGAAGGUCGGCACGGAGAAAUGGCCAAAGAAAGUGACGUUUAAAGCAGGUCCCCAGCUGCAGUUUCUGUUCCACUCAGACAGCAGUAAUAACGAAUGGGGUUACAAGUUCACAGUGACAGCAUAUGGCCUGCCAGACGUCACCGUGUCCUGGACCUCAGAUCUGCAGCUCCUCGUGUCCAGGCUAAUGGGCCGUCUGGCCUCCCGCACCAUGGCUUUGAAAUCACCUUACGAGAUCCGUGGUGUAAAAGAGUUGCCUGCAGGCUUGAUGAACCAUGUCCUGUCCUGUCCUCUAUGGAAGCCUAUGUUCAGACAUGGUUUGAGUGGACUUCCUGGAGAAAAGAAAUUAGCCCUGGCCAGCCCAGACACCGACCCGGAAGAGCCAGCACCUUUGGGAGAUGAAUUGGUGGAAUUCCUUAAGGACUUUGCCUGCUGGGAUCCUUCGCAGGAUGCUUCUGAUGACAGGACGGAGUUAAUGAGGGCCCUUUUGAUGACCUGCAAGAAGCAGCCAAUCAGGAACGAGAUUGCUGCAGGCUCAAAAGUGGACCAGGCUGUGAACGCCGCAUGGGCGGCCAUGGUGUAUCACACACCAGCACUUCACCACAGUCUUAGGAGCUUUGUUGCUAAAAACGGCCAGAGCAGUCUUAGUGAGGACCUUUUGCAGGUCUAUGCCCUCACCGAUGGCAUCAGAACGUGGAUGUUGGAAAUGAAACAGCGCUACCUUAUGGGUAAAAUGAAUGGAGUAGAGGGAAAAGAAGACGGACAGAAUGAGGUUACAAUGGAGUCACUUGCUGAAAUUUGCAUAAGUAGAAGUUUGUUCCUCUUCCGAUUCAGCCCGAGUGGAGGAACCUCUGCACUUCUGGAACAAGAGCCUUCCAGACCAGAAGAUGGCGCUUGUGCUGCUCCUCUUCUUCUUCGAUCUGUUUCCACUUCAGAGGGAGACUUCCAGCCCAGCCCCUCUGUUCCCUCCAUCUCCCAGAACCCUGAGGCAGCAGAAGCAGCGACGCCCCCAGGGGCCAGUCAGCAUGACCAGAUGUUCUCCGCACCAGUGGAGGCUGGACCUUCCAGCAGCAUCAGUUCUCAGGGUGCCACGGGCUCCUCAGAAAGUCUUCAGUCUCAGACCGGAGAGCCUCUGUCCCCGUUAGUCUUCCCACGUAAAGCACCUUUCAGUCGGGGCCGCUUGAGGCUCCUUUCCUUACGAUCUAUGGAGGAGCCUUGCAUGGCACCACCUGUUAAAGAGCGCUUCCUGAUACUCAAACACAUCCUCAGCUUUAUGAAGGACAUGGUCAUUAAUGAGAGCAGUGUUCUUCAUACUCUGGCUCUGAAGAAGGCCCAGGCUCUGAGUGUUUGUGAGGUGCUGGAGCUCGUCCAGCAGUGUAUACUCACCCUGGGGAAACCGCACCUCUUCCAGGCACCCUGUAUUUUGUUUCUCCAGGAACUCUUAGCGUGUCAGAAAGAUUUCACCAAUUACUUUUCUCAGUUGGUGGGCAGCGGGCAGGAGAUGAGGGAGCUGGUCAGACACUCGUAUCAUCAGCUGGUUCUCAUGCUAGUAGAGGCCGUGCAGAGCUUCAAUGCACUGAAUGAGAAGGCCCUGCUUCCCGCCCUGUCAUGUGUGCAGACAUGUCUGCUGCAUUUGCUGGAUAUGAGCUGGGAAGCAGAAGAUUUAUCAUUGUUUCUGGAUAUCAAACUGCCUGAUCUUCUGCUCACCAUGUCCCAAGAAAACAUCAGUGUGCAUGAUAUUGCCAUCAGCCAGUGGACGGAGGAGGAUGAGAUCAUCGACUACGAGAGGAACACGGAAUGGAUGGAUGAGUGUUUGGAUGGCAUGUUUGAGAAAUGGUUUGAUAAGAUCAGCCAGGCCUCAGUGGAGGACAAGAGAAAGAUGCAUAUGUUCAUUGCACGAUACUGCGACCUGCUGAAUGUGGAGAUUUCAUGUGACGGCUGCGAACGGAUCGCACCGUGGCAUCGCUACCGGUGCCUGCAGUGUACAGAUAUGGACCUGUGCAAGACCUGCUUCCUCAGUGGUGCUAAACCAGAAGGCCAUGAGGAUGACCAUGAGAUGGUGAAUAUGGAGUAUGCCUGUGACCACUGCCAGGGCCUUAUCGUGGGCAGCAGGAUUAACUGUAAUGUCUGUGAGGACUUCGAUCUCUGCUUUGGCUGUUAUAAUGCCAAAAAAUACCCAGACAGCCAUCUGCCCACCCAUCGUAUCACAGUGUACCCUAUGGUCACCAUUCGCAUCAGUGACCGCCACAGACUCAUUCAGCCCUAUAUACAUAACUACUCCUGGCUUCUUUUUGCUGCACUCGCCCUGUUCACAUCCGAGCUGAUCAGCGAGAGCGUGCAGGAUGGAGAGCCUUUGAAUGAUGUCAAGCUCGGUUACGCUAGGGCACUGCAAACCCACUGCUCUGACAUCAUCAAUGAUUGCCUGCUGAAGGGACAGACUGGGAAAGGUUUGCGAGCCUCUGCCCUGCUGUCACUGCUUUCUUCAAACGAAUCAGCCACAGAGAGUGAACUGUGUCCUGCGACGGCUGGUUCUUUUCAGGACAUCAGCAGCACAGACACCUCCUCACUUCCCAGCAGCACUAUAGCUAUCUGCUCCCCACCGCUACCUACAGACAGAAAACCACAAAAGCAGGAGCCAGAUACAGAAGAGGAUGAGAAGAGAAGGAGGAAGCUUGUCUCUCAGGAUACGUCAGACUCAUCCAGUGCCAGUCAGACUCCCUCUGUGUCUAGUGAAGACACACUGUCCCCUGGAGUCAGAGUUUCAGAGUCAAGUGGAGACACUAUCACAUCUCCUAACUCAGAGAACAUGGACGCAUAUAAGGACCAGGAGGAAAAGACAGCCCGGGGGCCGCUACAGGAACAUGUGUUUGCCGAAUGCUCCAGAGAGAGAAUUCUGGGAUUGUUGGCAGCCAUGUUGCCUGCAACCAAACAGGGCAGCUCACUAUCUUUGUCCAGCCUGAGUCCCAUCCUGCCACUGCUGUUCAGAGUGGUCAUCUCCAACGCCGGCUGUCUGAAUGAAACAUACCACCUGACACUAGGCCUUCUGGGACAGCUUCUGUUAAGGAUCUCUCCUACGGAAGCUGAUGCAGCUGUGGCAGAGGCACUGACAGACAAAUUUGAGUUACUUACCCUUGGAGAUGGAGCAGCGCUUGAUGUUCCUGGCUGGAAGACCACUCAAUUGCUCUUCAGUCUGGGAGCAGUGUGUCUAGACAGUCGUAUCGGUCUGGAUUGGGCGUGCUCUGUGGCGGACAUCUUGCGAAACCUGAAUAUUUCUUCUCAGUGGUGUGCUGUUGUGGCAGCGUUCACUGAUCACUGCAUCCAGCAGUUACCACAGCAACUCAAGAGAACCAACCUCUUCACUUUGCUGGUGCUCGUGGGAUUCCCUGAGGUGCUGUGUAUGGGGACUCAGGCUGUAUUCAUCGAUAAUGCCAACGAACAACACAACGUGAUUCUGCUCAAGCACUUCACUGAGAAGAACAGAGCUGCUGUGGUGGACGUCAAGACUCGUAAGAGGAGAACAGUGAAAGACUACCAGUUAGUCCAGGCACAUGAGAGCAGCAGCAGUGUGUCUAGUGAAGACACACUGUCCCCUGGAGUCAGAGUUUCAGAGUCAAGUGGAGACACUAUCACAUCUCCUAACUCAGAGAACAUGGACGCAUAUAAGGACCAGGAGGAAAAGACAGCCCGGGGGCCGCUACAGGAACAUGUGUUUGCCGAAUGCUCCAGAGAGAGAAUUCUGGGAUUGUUGGCAGCCAUGUUGCCUGCAACCAAACAGGGCAGCUCACUAUCUUUGUCCAGCCUGAGUCCCAUCCUGCCACUGCUGUUCAGAGUGGUCAUCUCCAACGCCGGCUGUCUGAAUGAAACAUACCACCUGACACUAGGCCUUCUGGGACAGCUUCUGUUAAGGAUCUCUCCUACGGAAGCUGAUGCAGCUGUGGCAGAGGCACUGACAGACAAAUUUGAGUUACUUACCCUUGGAGAUGGAGCAGCGCUUGAUGUUCCUGGCUGGAAGACCACUCAAUUGCUCUUCAGUCUGGGAGCAGUGUGUCUAGACAGUCGUAUCGGUCUGGAUUGGGCGUGCUCUGUGGCGGACAUCUUGCGAAACCUGAAUAUUUCUUCUCAGUGGUGUGCUGUUGUGGCAGCGUUCACUGAUCACUGCAUCCAGCAGUUACCACAGCAACUCAAGAGAACCAACCUCUUCACUUUGCUGGUGCUCGUGGGAUUCCCUGAGGUGCUGUGUAUGGGGACUCAGGCUGUAUUCAUCGAUAAUGCCAACGAACAACACAACGUGAUUCUGCUCAAGCACUUCACUGAGAAGAACAGAGCUGCUGUGGUGGACGUCAAGACUCGUAAGAGGAGAACAGUGAAAGACUACCAGUUAGUCCAGGCACAUGAGAGCAGCAGCAGGAAUGAUGCAGAGUCUCAUGAGGGGCAAGCUGUGUCCCCGACCUCCGCCCACAUGAGCCGCUACCUGAAGAACUUCACCUCUAUUGUGAGUCACUUACUGCAGGUCGGGGUGGAGAGCAGCGUCCAAGAUGCUGUGGAGGCCACCUGGGUGCUCUCACUUGCUCUUAAAGGACUCUACAACACUCUCAAGAAGCAUGGGGUGGAUCAAGCCCAAGAGGCCAUCCAGGGCUCUGGCCUGAUGCAGCUUCUGGUCCGCAAGUGCAGCAAGGGCACAGGCUUCAGCAAGAUGUGGCUUUUGCGAGACCUAGAGAUCCUCUCCAUCAUGCUUUAUUCCUCCAAGCGAGAGAUCCACUCCAUGGCAGAGGACGCAGACACCGAGACCGAUGGAGAGAAGGAGAGAGAGAGAGAGCAUGACUCGGAUCACUCCAGCUGCUGCGCUGAUGAUGUCGAUCCAAACAGACUGGAUCCACUGGAAGGACUGGAUGAAGAGACAAAGAUCUGUUUCCAGAUUACCCAUGAUGCUCUUAAUGCCCCACUGCACAUCUUGAGAGCCAUGUAUGAGCUCCAGAUGAAGAGAACCGAUUCUUUCUUCCUUGAGGUACAGAAGAGGUUUGAUGGUGACGCUAUAAAAACCGACGAGACUAUUCGUACACUGGCACAGAAGUGGCAACCAUCUAAAAGACCUCGUUCUGAGGAAAGAAGUACCAAGGCUGUAGAUACUGAUAUUAUCAUUGUGCCCUGUGUGUCUAAACCCACCCGGUGUGAUCGAGCCACAGAAGAAACAAAUGUCGUCACGCAGAAACUCAUCACCAACACAGAGAGCGACCUCCAGCUGAGUUAUGCUAAACAGCGGCGCACCAAAAGCUCAGCUCUGUUGCAUAAAGAGCUGGAUGCUCGCAGUAACAAAGCAGUGCGACAGUACCUUUUCAAAGUGAAUGAAGCCAUUGCUAUUCUGUACGCACGUCACGUGUUGGCGACGCUGCUGGCCGACUGGCCCUCUGACACUCCCAUCAGAGAGGAAGACCUGGAGCUGAGCGGAGCUUCUCACAUGGCCUACAUACUGGACAUGCUCAUGCAACUAGAGGAGAGACCGAUGUGGGAGAAGAUCUUGCAGAAGGUUCUGAGGGGCUGCAGCCAGAGCAUGCUGGGUAAUCUGUCACUGACAGCAUGUCAGUUUAUGGAGGAGCCAGGAAUGGCUGUGCAGGUCCGUGAAUCCAAGCACCCCUACGACAACAACACUAACUUUGAGGAUAAGGUGCACAUCCCUGGAGCCAUCUUCCUGUCUGUGAAGUUCGACUCUCGCUGUCACACAGAGGAAGGGUGUGAUGAGCUCCUUAUGGCCAGCAGCAGUGACUUCCUGCAGGACCUGCAUACUUUCAGUGGUUCUCACCAGAAAUGGACCGACUUUGAGAUUCCAGGGGACACUCUCUACUACAGGUUUAUAUCAGAUAUGAGUAACACAGAAUGGGGCUACAAGUUUACUGUGACUGGUGGCCAUCGAGGGCGCUUCCAGACUGGUUUUGAGAUCCUGAAGCAGAUGCUAGCUGAUGAGCAGGCAUUGACUCACCUCCCGCUGGCUGACAUCUGGGAGUGGCAGGUGGGCGUGGCCUGUCGGCAAACAGGAAACCAGCGGCUGAAAGCCAUUCACCUGCUGCUGCGGCUCCUGCAGUGUCCGUCUCAAUGGGGUUGUGACCUUACACUUCUGCGGCCGCUGUGGCAGCUCUUCACUACUAUGGAGAGUGGUUUGAUUCAGGACCCCACCAGCAUCACGGUCCUCCUUCCUCUCCAUCGCGCUCUCACUGAGCUCUUCUUCAUCGCUGAAGCCAAGGCCAUGGAGCAGGACAUUCUGCAGGAGUACCUUCUUGCUCUCACUACCAAUGAACAGCUAGUAGUGCACACUGCACAGGCGCUGAAGAACAUCGCAGCCAUCAGCCUCUCCAUUAAUUACCCAAAUAAAUCCACUAAGCUGCUCAACCUGUCCCCGUGAAAGAGGGAUGAAAGAGAGAUCGAGAUGAGAGAAGGGAAGCUUGCCAAAGGCCCAUGGGAAUGGCCUUCUGCGCUCGACGGCUGCGGCAGGAGCAGGCCACAUAUCGUCUUCCAGAAAAACCCACCCCUGUGCUGUUUAAUCAUAAAGUGGGGGGCACGGCAAUCUCAUCUCUUAAUAAUCGCUAUUUCUCAUCUGGUUUAGGCGAAGAUGGGUUUUUUUUCUUUUCACUUUACCUCCGCUUUAACCAUGCGAGUUUAGUGGGCUAUGCCAAAUUAGUUUUCUUACCCAUAAGCACAUAAGUUUUUUUCUCCAUUCCUUCGUUUUCUUUUUAUGAAAAGCCACUGUGGGCAAGACAAUCGAUCAAAGUGAAAGCAGGUCACCUUUUUCCCUGCCUCACACACUCUCCCUGGAUUGCCUAAAAAUACGAAGCUGCCGGCGCAGUCUCAUCCUUCAAAGUGGCCCGAGACUUACGUAUACGACGAAUACAUCGAUAUCUAUCCGAAACCGUGGGGCCUUCUCUCUGUUCACCCUCAGUGGAGCCUGAGCUGAUGUUUAUUCAGUACUAGCAGCUAGCAGUUACACUCGAAAACCACAUGCUUCUAGACAAAUGUCAGCUGAUGGUUGUGAGUAGGUAAAAAAAAACAAAACAAGUUUGACGUGCCAUGUGAGUCCAGAAGUCGCUGUUUGCCUUACAAGUGCAGCUCAAAGUGAUCUGGCAACUGAUUGUGGGUCAGUUAGCAAAGUUAUAACACGUCCUAGUAAGAGGAAUGUCAGCGCUUGUCUUACAUUGUCAUGUCCCAGAUUCUCAACUCACUUAUGCUGCAUACCACCAGGAAAUAUAAAGCAUUAUGUACAGAAAUAUCACUUUAUGUUGUGCUGCAUGCAACACUGGACUAAACCAUGAUGUCCAUUACUGUUAGUGACAUCGGUUGGUGUAUUCUGUAAUAUUGUUGCAGUUGGAGACAUUCUGUUUGAUCGGUUGAUCGACACAGAAUUGUGGGUUUAGUGGAUGGUCUUAAGGUGCAGGACUUGAUAAUCAUAAUCUUCAUUGAUCUAGUGAUUGAGACUCACCAGUAUUUUAACUGUGGUGACAUGGAUACGGUUAUGGAAGUUGUGUUGCUUUAAAAUAUCUAUUUAUUAUUAUUACAGGGACAUUAUUGGGUGAAUUUCGAGUGAAGCGUUUGAUUGGCUAAUAGAAAGAUUUGUUGCCGUUUUGAAGGUCAGGUAAAGGCUGUUCUUAGUUCUAACCAAUGUUUAUCUAAAUGUCUUUUUUUUUUGCCCUGUAGCCAAACAUUUCCGUUUUUUAAUGAAAUAUCGUAGUAGUAUUUUUUGUUCUUGACAGGGGUAUUCAGAUUUUUAGUUCAGUUUGAUUUCAUUUUAGUGGGAAAGGAAUUGAGACGGAUGGUUAUUUAUGCCAAAGAAUCAUUAUUGUUUGAAAGAGAAGCAUCUAACGCAAAGAAAUUCAUCUUUAUCUUCCUGAAGGAGGCUCUAAUGAUGGCGUGGUCGGUGGUGGUGUUAUAAUAGAAAAGAAGGUUGAAGUGAUCCUUUAGUCCUCACUGUGUUUGUUUACAUGAGUACUAGCAUGGAGCACUGGCUACAUUUGGUGCCGCUGCUCAGCCUCGGGGUGGGUUUCUAAAUGUCUGCCAGGAAAACUUCCUGUCACUUUAAAGCCUCAGAUAUUAACAAACGAUGUGCCUAUGUUGAAAAUGAAGCAAUCUUCAUUUAAUCUUCAUAUCAUUGUAAAGGUCCUCUCUUCAACUCUAUUUUUAAAGAAAAUGAUAGUUUAAUUUGGAGCAUUUCUAUCUAUUUUAUUUUUAUGAAUGUCUUUUUUUGUUUCAGAGCUCAUGGCUUCAAUUGCUUUGAAUUUGACAUGAAUGUAUAUAGUUGUGAAUAUGGAUAAUUGCAUAAAUAAUUCAUAUGAAAAUGAUUUUUCAUGUCAGCCCCCCACGUUAAAGAAAUGUCAGAAUAGUGUACUAUAUUGUUGUAAGUUUACACGUGAUCCUUUUGAAUUGAUUUGCUAUGUCACACACACACACA